AUGACUCAGGUCGACAUGAGCGCUACUCCUCUUGGCCAAGUCAAUGGCCUUCACGCCGCGCGCGAUCCAGAUCUCUCCGGGUUCUCCGAGGUCUCAUUUGCCUCUACCAUGACCGAAGAUCCAGAGGCUGAGCUUCUCGCGCCAAGGUCAUCCGCAAAAGCAUCCUCUUCGACGUAUGCAGAGCCAGACUACAGCUUCGACACGGCAUCCAGCUCCAUCAGGCCCAUCACCACCUCGAACCUCUCGCACAAAGCCAAGCAGCCCAGCAAUGGUCUCACUGUCGAUGCCGAUCACCAGAAGCUCAGUCCCAUCGACGAGACCAGCGCAGCAGGCUCGUCUUCACACAAGUACGCUGACGCCUACAACUCAUCCGCCAACGGGUACCUUCAGCACAGCACACCACAUCUCUAUCAGGAGCGUGGCCAGCUUGACUCACCCGAUCUCGACUCGGCAUACUCGCCCUCCACCUAUCCACCCACCAGCGAAGAGGACUCAGAGGCCAAGCGCGUGCAAAACAACCUGGAACGCUGGGCAAAUGAAGAGCGUCAGAGGCGCAAAGCACAACGCACCUCUAAGAUUGCUGCCAAUCGCGUCUCUACCGGGCCAGGUGGCGGCGGCGGCUUAGCUCAUCGAUUCUCGAUGCUUCGCCCCGCUGGCUCGUCUACCAAGACCAAUAAUUUGGGCUCUGGUCCCUCCUCCGAACGACUCGCCGAUGAAGCAGCUUCGAGCCCGAAAGCACCUUACAAUUCGAACCGCGACUCGACUACACGGAGAGAAGGAGUGGCCUCUUUGACAGUAGGUGCCACACGAGGUCGCUCAGCAAGCUCGUCCUCCCUCGACAGUGCGCAGUCGUUGGGCUCUUUGACAUCAGAUGAGCAUCGUCCGAACCGAAAGCUACCGCCCAUUGGCUCGCGAGUCUCCUCCACCACGCACACCAAGGAGUCGAGCCGCGAAAGCGAAGGAUCCACACAGGGCUUGGGUUUGCGCGCCAAUGGUAGUGCUCACGACCCUUUCCGCGAUCCGUCGGACGCUAUUGCGACGACGGACUCGUACCCCAAGCGAUCUUCACUCAAGCCGACUCCGACAGCAUCACGCCCGAUUGUCACUGUGGGGCGCGCAUCCAGCAUUCAGCGCCAAGCCUUGGAAGCGAGCUACAAGAACAGCAAAGGCAAGGGCAAAGAACGUUCCAUGCCUACCAUCGUGGCGACCGACACCGAAGCCGAGGAUACAGAAGACAUUUCAUACGGAUCCGAUGCAGCAGGCAGCAAUCCAUUCGCGUCAACUCAGGAUAGUCGCAGCGGAACGACUACAACCACCAUCCACCAGGGAGGUCUCGAUGAAGAGGUGACCAUGGAGUUUGAUGGCAGACGUGAGGUACGACCCGACGCGAAUGGCGACUUGGGCGAGAGUGGUAUGGACACGUGGAACCGACCGGCACAAUCACGAGCGCGAUCGUCGACUAGCAGCUCCAAGUUCAGAGAGCUCGGCAUCUCGCAGGAGGAUGAUUGGAUCGAGACGGUCGGACGCAGCAUGAAGAACAGCGCUCGAAAGAUGCGGGUGGCUCGACAAGCUGAAUCUGACGAUGAAGCGGAUGAGCGCCGCAAGCCCUGGUGGACGGAGCUGCUGUGUGGUUGCAGCCGCGACAAGGACGACGAUGAACAGGCCGGACGAACAAAUCCAAUGGAAUAG